AUGAAACCUUUUAUGAAACUCUGUAACAAGAUUCAUCAAGGCAGCAACAUCAUCAUCCAAUACUGCUCGAGUAGAACCAACUGCAACAAGAUCUUGUUGGGAAAUAAAUUAUUACUCUCCGGUGAUGGAAAAUCAAAUACAAAUACUUGCCUCCGAUUUAAAUCCCACGCCAUCGGAGCUGCUCUGAAAUCAUCCAAUACUUCAUCAACUCCCUCCUCCAAUAGUAGCAGCAGCAAUACUCCAAACGAUUAUAAAAUUCAAUAUGAAAAAUAUUCCAAAGAUGUAGCACAAAAAGUGGUCGACCUGUUUCAUUCAAACAAUAGUUGCCAACUCUCAACCUUUGGAGGUGCAGAAACGGAAAGUCUGGAACAUGUGAAGACUUCUGUACUUCCGAUGGCCGUUGUUAAAAAACAAGUCUCAAAUAUUUAUUUGGAAGAAUUCAAAUCAAAAAAGAAAGUUUCUCCACAAGGUGAUCCCGAACCUCUCGAAGGAAUUAAAUAUUAUGAUGAUGUGAAUUUUUCUGGAUUUGAUGAUGAUGGAAAUGCGCUUAAAAAUUGGGAUUUAUAUCUGUGCAUGCCAGAAACAAGUGAACAUUUAAAGAAUUUGGACCACUGCCCAGAGCCAUUUCAAUUCAGAAGGAGGCUCAACUCUGAUGAGAGUGCAAUGGUUAGUGUUGCCACUGGUCACACAGAUCAAGCAAUUUCAUCCAUGUUUCGAAGAAUUGAAAGGCUUCCUCCUCGUGCAGUCAUGUCUUGCACACUGGAGCGCAUUCCUGAAGAAUCGAAUGCAUUUCAUCAAAUUUGGACUGAACAAUUCAGAAUGCACCCCAAUGUUUCCGUACAAAUGAAAAAGAAGAAUGCAAGAAUUUUCAAAGUUAAGGUUGUGAAAUCGGCAUUCCAUGUUGAGGUUGGAAAUGAAAUGAAACAAGUGGAAAAUUUAGAUCAUUUCACUGAUGAAGUGAUUCCGGAUCCUCUUGCAUCGUCACACAAUAUUCGAUCCAUCAUUAGUCGUCUGAACGCCACUCCACAACGAAUUGUACCCAUGCUAGAGAAGGGAUAUGGCUUGAAUUUGAGUGAUUUUUUCAUCUUCCACAUUAAUUCGUAUUGUAUCAAAAUUAUGGGCCGUGAUGCCAGUUCAAAGAAGGAUGCAAGUGAAUUCUCCAUGUACGAAUUGGAUUAUGGGUACAGAAUUACGAGUGAAGCCAUGCUUAAUCAGUACUUGGCAAAAUUUCAAACCAUGCAUUAA